AGGUCCAGAGACUCACCUGCCCCGGGGCUCCCAAAUCACAUGGAACAGACAGAAGAGAGUCCCUCUGAGAAUGGGACCACUGUCUCUCCAACUGCCGGGAAUCUCGGGACACCAGGAAAUCAAAGCACUGCAGAGGAGGUGGCUGAAGGCCCAGCUGGGACAAAUGUCAAAGACAGGCCUCUGGAUGAGGCAGAACAGCAGGGUAAAGCAGCCCCCGAGGGUGCAGUGUCAGGGGAAUGCCUGGAGGAAGCAGAUGUAUUAGGUGAGAGCAAGGUAGAUCUGCCAGGAGAGGCCAGCGGGAAGGAGGAAGCCAAGCGUGACCUUGCAAAGGAGGAGGGUGGGAAGGAAGAGACCACCGUGGCUUCCCAGGAAGAGACUGGCAAGAAAGAAGACACAACACCUGAACCCAGCGAGGUUAAGGGAAAAGAGGAGGCCACACUGGCCCCGGAGAAGCAGAAGUCUGAUGGGAAAGAGGCCAAUCUGGACUCUAAGGAGAAACUGGAUGUGAGUGAUAAAGCCAAGCCUGAAACCAAGGAGGGUGUUGGGGCAGAGGUUACUGUCCAAGAGGUUGAAUCUCAGAAGGCUGAUGUGAAGGACCAGGCCAACUCGGAACUUCAGGCAGUCGAUGGGAAGGAGGUCGUUGAUGGGAAGGAGGUCAAAAGUGGCACACAGGAGCUGGUGGAACCAGGGAGUCCCACUGAAGAGCAGGAGCAGGGUGAGGAGAAAGAAUCAGAGGAAAGGACAGCGGUGAUUCCCAGCUCCCCUGAGGAGUGGCCCGAGAGCCCCACAGACGAGGGAACCAGCCUCAGCCCAGAUGGCUUGGGUCCAGACUCCACAGCAUCUGGAGAGACCAGUCCUUCAGCCAGUGAGUCUUCGCCCAGUGACGUGCCCCAGAGCCCUACGGAGCCCCGACCCUCGGAGGAAAAAAAGGAGAGAGCACCAGAACGCAGGGUGUCGGCCCCUGCUCGGCCCCGGGGACCCCGUGCACAGAAUCGCAAAGCCAUCAUGGACAAGUUUGGCGGGGCAGCCUCUGGCCCCACUGCCCUCUUCCGGAACACGAAAGCGGCCGGAGCAGCCAUUGGUGGUGUUAAGAACAUGCUUUUGGAAUGGUGCCGGGCCAUGACGAGAAAGUAUGAGCACGUGGACAUCCAGAACUUCUCCUCCAGCUGGAGCAGCGGCAUGGCCUUCUGCGCCCUCAUCCACAAGUUUUUCCCAGAUGCCUUUGACUAUGCAGAGCUGGACCCGUCAAAGCGGCGGUACAACUUCACGCUAGCCUUCUCCACUGCAGAGAAACUAGCCGACUGUGCCCAGCUGCUGGACGUGGAUGACAUGGUGCGGCUGGCCGUGCCCGACUCUAAGUGUGUCUACACCUACAUCCAGGAGCUGUACCGUAGCCUUGUGCAGAAAGGGCUGGUGAAGACGAAAAAGAAGUGA